AUGUUUUUUUUUUACCCUGCCUUGGGAUAUAAAUCUGUCAUUAUCCCAAUUUUUGCCAUUGCCAUGAGCAUUUUUGUGAGUUUCAGUUUUGCUGCCAUGUAUGUAAUUGCUGUGGCUGCCCUUGGUAUGCCUAGUACCAUUGCCACUAGAUUGGCCAUAGAUGCAUGCGACAAUGCUGGAGGUAUUGUUGAGAUGGCUGGCAUGAGUCACAGAACUCGUGAGAGAACUGAUGCCCUUGACGCUGCUGGCAAUACAACUGCUGCCAUUGGAAAGGGAUUCGCCAUAGGAUCAGCUGCCCUGGUGUCUCUCGCUCUGUUUGGUGCAUUUGUGAGUCAUGCAGCAAUUUCUACCGUUGAUGUCCUGACACCAAAGGUUUUCAUUGGUUUGCUCGUGGUUGCCAUGCUUCCUUACCGGUUCUCUGCUAUGACCAUGGAAAGUGUGGGAAGGGCAGCAUCGAAGAUGGUUGAGGAGGUCCGCAGGCAGUUUAACAGCAUUCCAGGGCUCAUGGAGGGUCAUGCAAAGGCUAACUACGCUAGAUGCAUCAAAAUUUCAACUGAUGCAUCUCUCAAGGAGAUGAUUCCACCUGGUGCUCUUGUUUCUGGUGUUCAGUUAAUUCUUAUGGAAAUAAGAUGCGUAUCUGUUUUGAUAGUUUACGUUGCUCAAGGUAUAGCUCUUGAUAGACUGCUUGUUCAGAAGAUGUUGUAGUUUCUUCGUUGUUGAACAAAAUCUGUAGGUAA